GGAAGCCGGGAAGGCCGCGCCGCCUCUCCAGUCUCCUAGGUGAGCGCCUGAAGCUCCUCCCCCUCCAGCUGCCUGGCACUGUCGUCAGCGCUGCCAACGUGGAGCCGGCCGGGGCGAAGGCGGAAGCGGCCUGAGGAGGAGACCGGAGGGCAGCCCUGGGUAGCCGCCGCCUCAGCCUGAGGAGCCUCCGGCCAUGGAGAGGACCUUGGAGAAGAUGGUUGACCCGACCUUAGCAGAAAUGGGAAAGAAUCUUAACGAGGCCAUGAAGAUGCUUGAAGACAAUCAAAGGAAAGCUGAGGAAGAUAAUGAAAAAAAGUAUACCAGAAAAGAUAUUCCUGGCCCACUUCAAGGCAGCGGGCAAGAUAUGGUGAGCAUUCUCCAGUUAGUUCAGAAUCUUAUGCACGGGGAUGAGGAAGAGGAAUCACGGCAGUCUUACAGGCUCCAGAAUGUGGGUGAGCAGGGCCACAUGGCUUUGCUAGGACAUAGCUUGGCCGCAUAUAUUUCUGUGCUGGACAGAGAGAGACUAAGGAAACUGACAACCAGGAUCGUUUCUGAUACCACCCUGUGGCUUUGCAGACUCUUCAGGUUUGAAAAUGGGUCAGCAUAUUUCCAUGAAGAUGAUCGCGAGGGUCUCUCGAAAGUCUGCCGGCUCGUGAUUCACUCGCGCUAUGAAGACUACGCGGCUGAAGGUUUCAACCUGCUCUGCAGCAAACAGCCGAUGAUAUACAUCAGUUCUGCAGCCAGAGAGGGCUUGGGCCAAUCUCUUUGCAACCAGCUUGGAUUGCCCCUUUCCUGCAUGUGCCGAGUGCCCUGCAAUACCAUGUUUGGCUCCCAGCAUCAGAUGGAUGUUGCUUUUCUGGAUAGACUGAUUAAAGAGGAUACUGAGUCUGGAAAACUGCCCAUAUUGCUUGUGGCCAAUGCUGGUACGCCGGGAGCAGGGCAUACAGACAAGCUUGGGCGUUUGAAAGAACUCUGUGAGCAAUACAGCAUGUGGCUCCACGUUGAAGGGGUGAAUUUGGCCACUUUGGCCUUAGGUUAUGUCUCUUCAACUGUACUGGCAGCAACCAAAUGCGACAGCAUGACCUUGACUCUGGGGCCGUGGCUGGGUCUCCCAGCAGUGCCUGCCGUGACUCUGUACAGACAUGAGGAUCCUUCUUUGUCGUUGGCUGCAGGCCUGACCUCCAGUCAAGCAGUAGAGAAACUCCGUGCCUUGCCUCUGUGGCUCUCUUUGCAAUACCUUGGACAUGAUGGGAUUGUCGAAAGAAUAAAACAUGCAUCUCAGUUGAGUCAGCGAUUAGUGGAAAACUUGAAGAACCAGGAUUUUAUCAAAACCUCGGUUGAAGAUGAACUUAGCUCUCCAGUGGUGGUAUUCAGAUUUUCACCUGAGCUUCCACAUUUAGAUAAACUGUUAAGCGCCGGCCAGGGUCCUAUGAUAAGUGGCAACGAGAGAUAUCUUUGCGACACUUUCAAUCAAUGGCUAGGGGAGCAGUUGGCUCAGUUGGUGCCGGCCAGUGGAGUUGACGUGGUAGAGCUCGAAGAUGAAGGCACUUGCGUACGCUUCAGUCCCUUAAUGACUUCUGCAGUUUUAGGAACUGAAGUGCAAGAUGUCGACCAGCUGGUGGACUGCUUGAAAAUGAAGGUUCCCGUGUUGACUUGCACCCUCCAACUGCGAGACGAGUUUGAGCAAGAAGUGAAAAGAACGGUCGGGCUGUCCUAUGUGGAAGAUAUUGGCUGGCCUGGGCUUGGAGUGGUCAGGUAUGAAGGGCAGAACAAAGAGCAGCAGGAGGAGAAGGAACUGGAGAAGAUCACUGGCGGUCUCCUGAAAAAGCUGAAUGAACUGGAAUCGGAUCUGUCCUUUUCUUUAGGUCCAGAAUUUGGAGGAGAGAAAAACUGUAUCUACAUUGGGAUGGUGAUAGAAGACCUAGACGUGUCUGAACUGGUUGAAAUUAUUGCAGCAACAGGUCGAGAAAUUGAAGAGAAUUCAAGACGGCUGGAAAACAUGACAGAAAUUGUGCGCAGAGGCAUCCAGGAAGCUCAGGUUCAGCUGGAAAAAGCCAAUGAGGAAAGACUCCUGGAAGAGGGGCUGCUCCGGCAGAUUCCAGUGGUGGGUUCUGUGCUGAACUGGUUUUCUCCAUUUCACGCUUCACCAAAGGGAAGAACGUUUGACCUAACAGCAGGUUCUCUUGAAUCGACUGAGCCCACAUACGUCUCCAAAGUGCAGGGGACUGGGAUCACCCCGCCUCCAACUCCCACAUCUGCACGGGCAAAGCAAAGGUUGCCUGGCCAAAAGCUGUUUAAAAGGUCCAUGAGGAGCUCUGACGGGUUCAGUGAGACGAGUUCCGUGAGCCACACUGAUGACUUGGUCAGAGGAGAGCUGUCACCGGGCCCUUCCUCUGCAGGACAGGGGAACCCUGAGUUAUCAGAAGCGGGUGUGCACUUGACGGAGGAAGCAGAUGAAGACUCCGCAGGGGAAAUGGUUCAGACUCUGGGAAACACUGGCACUAAAUCAGAAGAACAAGAGAGUCUCAGAUAAGGAUCUCGGCCCUGUGCACACAGACUUUGUACAGAAGCUGAGGACUUUGUACAGUACAGGGCAGGGGGAUUUCACCGUGCAUUUGAAAAUGUGACUAGUGCCACAGUGUGUCCAGUAAUAGCUACUGUUCCUUGUGAUUUACUGGAGAUUUUGCACAAAUUUUAGUGGAAGAAGUUCUUCUUUCCUUGUUUGUUCUCUUUCCUCUUCCUCACUGUUGGCCUUGGUUUGUUUUCUGCACUGGUCACAGCUGCUGUUGCCAAGGCAGUGAGGCUUAGACCACCAAGGCAGUACCUUCCUUGCCAGGAAACCUGCAAGAGAUCAUACCAGCAGGUCUCCAGGUGAUACUUAACUGAUUUUCUUUCCCCCCCCUUUUUUAGCCUUUUGCUGGCUAAACGAUCUGUUGCACUUGGUGCGGUUAUUUUUAUUUUGUAAAAUGGAUCCAUUGUCUAAUAUAUGAAAUAAACCUAUCAGUUGCUCAUACUACUUUAUUAAGCUAAAAAUACCUAUUAUUGUUCAUUCACUGGGCUUAUAACUUCCCAUUCUGCAUUAUCAGUUCAUGUUUAAAUUGUUGUUCAAUAUUGUAAAUACCAGCCAGAUGAUUAGUUUAUUGCUUGCUUCUCCAAAGAAGGGUUGAUGGAUAAAGUGCAAACAGAAUCCAUGUCUUCCGUGUGUGGUUUGUUUGGUGCAGUGACUUGCAUUAACUCUGAUACUGAGAGAAGUGGGGGAUGAAAUCGUUAAUGUAAAAUCAAAAUGUUUUUCCAACUGAAAUGGUCUCAGCCAGUGCUUUUGCUGGAAAUUUAUUGUAGAUGCUUCCCAAAUGCUUUGGUAGCUAUUUUCAGUUGUGUUUUUGUGGUCAGCCAUAAUUCUGCAAGCACACUUUUGAUAUGCUUUGUUAAAAUUCUGUACUUUUCUAAUAAAAUAAAAUGUUUUAAAGUUAAAAAGAAAAAAAAA